CGGAGUGUCGGUGAAGUCAGCUCGGAGUAGCAGAAAAACAGAGCGGGGCUGACUGCAGCGUGGAGCGCGAGCCGGGCUGGACGCGCGCAGCCCUCGCCGGAGACCCGCGAGGAAUUGGCAUCCAGUGGAAGAAUCUGCAAGCCUCUCUCUGUCCAGAGCUCCAGGACCAAUGUGUCUUCCCACUACCAUAAACCACUGAGCCGUCCCGAGCUGCAGCUGUGGAAGACUUGCCCUACCACCAGCAUGAGUUCUGAAUGUGAUGUUGGAAGCUCUAAAACUGUUGUGAAUGGCUUGGUACCUGGCAGCCAUGGGCAAGACAAAGACAUGGACCCUACAAAAAUCUGCACUGGAAAAGGAACAGUGACUCUUCGGGCCUCGUCUUCCUACAGGGACUCCCCAAGCAGCAGCCCUGUGAGCCCUCAGGAAUCUCCAAAGCAUGAAAGCAAGUCAGGCCUGGAGCCAGAGGACCCUUCGGCAGAUGAUUGGAGACUUUCUUCCAGUGGCGAUGCCAAUGGUAACGCCCAGCCCUCCCCACUUGCUGCCAAGGGCUAUAGAAGCGUGCAUCCCAGCCUUUCUGCUGACAAGCCCCAGGAUGCCACCUCCUCCAGCCCAGCCCCGUCUGAGGUAAUAGUUGUCCCUCUCUACCUGGUUAAUACUGACAGAGGGCAAGAAGGCACUGCCAGAACUCCAGCAUCUCUGGGGCCACUUGGCUGCAUCCACACUACCCCGGCGACCACCCCUGCUGCCUCACCUCUGACCUUCCCGACACUAGAUGAUUUCAUUCCCCCUCAUCUGCAGAGGCGGCCCCACCACAGCCAGCCAGCCAGUGCUUGUGGCUCCCUCCCCCCUGCUAGCCAGAGGCCACCACCCUCACCACCACCUCCGCUGGUCCCUCCCAUACCGGAGGACCUCCACAGAGGCUUGGAGCCUGACCUCCCGGGAGCUGUCUCAAGUACCGGCAGUCCUUUACUAAAUGAAGUUUCUUCUUCCCAUAUUGAAACUGAUUCCCAAGCCUUCCUUCCAACAAGCAAACCAUCAUCUGCCUACCCCUCCACCACAAUCGUCAACCCCACCAUUGUGCUCCUACAGCACAAUCGAGAACAGCAAAAACGGCUCAGUAGUCUUUCAGAUCCUGCCUCAGAGAGAAGAGUGGGUGAGCAGGACUCAGUGCCAACCCCGGCAGAACUCCCCUCGCCCAGCAGGGCUGCUGCGAGGAGAGCUAAAGAUGACAGCAGGCGGGUGGUGAAGAGUACACAGGACCUCAGCAAUGUGUCUAUGGAUGAAGUGGGCAUCCCACUCCGGAAUACCGAGAGAUCGAAAGACUGGUACAAAACCAUGUUUAAACAGAUCCACAAGCUGAACAGAGAUGAUGACUCUGAUCUGCACUCUCCUCGAUACUCCUUUUCUGAAGACACAAAGUCUCCCCUUUCUGUGCCUCGUUCAAAAAGUGAGAUGAACUACAUUGACGGGGAGAAAGUAGUGAAGAGGUCAGCCACACUCCCCCUCCCAGCCCGCUCAUCUUCACUUAAGUCCAGCCCAGAGAGAAACGACUGGGAGCCCCCAGAUAAGAAAGUGGAUACAAGAAAAUACCGAGCAGAGCCCAAAAGCAUUUACGAGUAUCAGCCGGGCAAGUCUUCCGUUCUGACCAGUGAGAAGAUGAGUCGGGAUAUAAGCCCAGAAGAGAUAGAUUUAAAGAAUGAACCUUGGUAUAAAUUCUUUUCGGAAUUGGAGUUUGGGAAACCGCCUCCCAAAAAGAUAUGGGACUAUACUCCUGGAGACUGCUCUAUCCUUCCUAGAGAGGAUAGAAAGACUAAUCUAGAAAAAGAUCUCAGCUUCUGCCAAGCAGAGUUAGAGGCAGAUUUAGAGAAAGUGGAGACGGUUAAUAAAUCACCCAGUGCAAACUCGCCACAGAGCUCAGCAGUCAGCCCGACUCCAGAUGUUACAUCAGAGCCUCCUGGAUAUAUAUACUCUUCCAACUUCCAUGCAGUGAAGAGAGAACCAGAUGGGACCCCCGGGGUUCUCGCUAGCUUGGAGAAUGAGAGGCAGAUUUAUAAAAGUGUCUUGGAAGGUGGCGACAUCCCUCUUCAGGGCCUGAGUGGGCUCAAGCGACCCUCCAGCUCAGCUUCCACUAAAGAUUCGGAGUCACCAAGACAUUUUAUACCAGCUGAUUACUUGGAGUCCACAGAAGAAUUUAUCCGGAGACGGCAUGAUGAUAAAGAGAAACUUUUAGCGGACCAGAGACGACUUAAGCGCGAGCAAGAAGAGGCCGAUAUUGCAGCUCGACGCCACACGGGUGUCAUCCCGACGCAUCAUCAGUUUAUCACUAAUGAGCGCUUUGGGGACCUCCUCAAUAUAGAUGAUACUGCAAAAAGGAAAUCUGGGUUAGAGAUGAGACCUGCCCGAGCCAAAUUUGACUUUAAAGCUCAGACUCUGAAGGAGCUGCCUCUGCAGAAGGGGGACAUUGUUUACAUCUACAAACAGAUUGAUCAGAACUGGUACGAAGGUGAACACCAUGGCCGGGUGGGAAUCUUCCCACGCACUUACAUCGAGCUUCUGCCUCCAGCUGAGAAGGCUCAGCCCAGAAAGUUGGCACCUGUGCAGGUUUUGGAGUAUGGAGAAGCCAUUGCUAAGUUUAACUUUAAUGGUGAUACACAAGUAGAAAUGUCCUUCCGAAAGGGUGAGAGGAUUACACUGCUCCGACAGGUGGAUGAGAACUGGUACGAAGGGAGGAUUCCUGGGACGUCCCGCCAAGGCAUCUUCCCUAUCACCUAUGUGGAUGUGCUUAAGAGGCCGUUGGUGAAGAACCCGGUGGAUUACAUCGACCUGCCUUAUUCUUCCUCCCCCAGUCGCAGUGCCGCUGCAAGCCCACAGUGUACUAGUCACAGCAAGCUCAUCAUGCCAGCCCCUUCAUCUCUACCCCACCCCCGCCGAGCCCUGUCCCCUGAGAUGCACGCCAUCACCUCCGAGUGGAUCUCGCUGACUGUUGGGGUCCCAGGCAGGCGUUCUCUGGCCGUGACACCACCCUUGCCUCCUCUGCCUGAGGCUUCUGUCUAUGACACGGACCCUUUGGCCUUGUCAGCGAGGGCCCGCCCCUCCCUGCCACUCAGCCUCCCCUAUUCGGGUCGGUCAGCGGUUUCCCCGCUGGCCCUGCCUCCACCCCACAAAGCCUACUCCCUGGCACCCAGUGCCCAGGCUCCUCUUCACGUCAAUGGAGAUGGUGGUAUUCACAUCCACCAAGAUGGCUUCUCUCAGCCACCACUUGGGAACUCUGAUAGGGUCAUCUCAGAGCUUAGUGGUGCCUUUAGCAGCCAGAGCAAGAGACAGCCCUGGCGAGAAGAUGGACCUUAUGAGAGGAAAGCAGAGAGCGAGGCAGGUGAGAGAUGCCCUGGUGGACCCAAGAUCUCUAAGAAGAGCUGCUUGAAACCUUCAGACGUGGUCAGGUGCCUGAGUUCUGAGCAGAGACUCUCAGAGUUCCACACUCCUGAUCACAGCCAGUCCUUCAAGCCUCUGGGUAGCCCUUUCCCAGCCUGGGAGGCUGGGCCACCAGAGCUUCACAGAGGUGUCGAGGCUGACAGAAAGGCUGCUCAGAGUGGUGUAAGCCAGCCUUCUCAUCAUUCAUUGAGCGCAGGACCUGAUCUCACAGAAUCUGAAAAGAGCUAUGUGCAACCUCAAGCCCAGCAGCGGAGAGUCACCCCAGACAGGAGUCAGACCUCACAGGAUUUAUGUAGCUACCAAGCAUUGUAUAGCUAUGUGCCACAGAACGAUGAUGAGUUGGAACUCCGAGAUGGAGAUAUUGUUGAUGUCAUGGAAAAAUGUGACGAUGGGUGGUUUGUUGGCACUUCGAGAAGGACGAGGCAGUUCGGUACUUUUCCGGGCAACUAUGUAAAACCUUUAUAUCUAUAAGAAGACUGAAAAUCACAGAGAUUAUUUUUCUCAGAGGAUGAAGCAUCAUUCAUGAACUGGUCUCUUUAUUGAAAUAUUGAGUCAGUAGGAAAAUUAAUGCAGUUGGUAAAGAAUUCAAAAAGAGGAACAAAGAAGUGUGUUUAAAACCCA